UGCUAGUGGCAACACCGCUCUGUAAUUGACGGUUAUAUAGCCACACCAGUGAACAUAACCACGAAUUCUAAACAUAACCUUACUAUUUUCUCAUUCCAAAAUCUUGCAAGUAUGAAUUUUUGGAAAGAAACCCUAGGUGCCCCCACGAAAAUUGUGGCACCCAUGGUAGAUGCAAGCGAAUUGGCCUGGAGAUUAUUGAGUAGAGGUUAUGGAGCCCAACUGUGCUAUACACCAAUGCUGCACAGUUCGAUAUUUUGCAAGGAUCCCAAAUACCGCAAGGAAGCAUUGGCAUCUUGUGCGGAAGACAAGCCAUUAAUUGUGCAGUUUUGCGGUAAUGACGCGAAAACUAUGCUAGAAGCGGCUUUGCUUGCAGAGGAUUACUGCUGCGCGAUCGACAUUAACUUGGGGUGCCCUCAGGCUAUAGCAAAACGGGGUAAUUAUGGCGCCUUUCUCGAGGAUAAGUGGAAUUUGCUUCAAGACAUUGUGAGUACCUUAAGUAAAGGUGUUAAGGUACCAAUUACGUGCAAAAUACGAAUUUUUGCGGAUCUGGACAAGACCAUAAGGUAUGCCAAAAUGUUGGAAUCGGCCGGGUGUUCAAUGCUUACAGUUCAUGGCCGUACAAAGGAGCAGAAAGGUCCACUAACCGGCAUAGCGGAUUGGAGUUACGUUAAAGCCGUUAGAAAUGCUAUCAAAAUACCAUUAAUUUCAAAUGGAAAUAUCCAGUGUAUCCAAGAUUUGAACCGUUGCAUUGAAGAAACCCAGGUUCAAGGUGUGAUGUCGGCGGAAGGUAAUUUGUACAACCCCGCUAUUUUCCUGGGUGAAAAUCCACCUGCGUGGGAACCGGCUUUAAAGUAUCUAGAUCUCGUUGACAUAUAUCCUUGCCCAACAUCUUUCGUUCGAGGGCAUCUUUUUAAGCUGUUUCAUCAUGUAUUAGCCAUUCCGAAUAACAACAAUUUACGUAUUCAAUUAGGAGCUGCCAAUACUAUGGGCGAUUUUAAAAAAAUUGUCACUCACUUGAGAGAGAUGUACAUCUGUUACCACGAGGGCAGGGAAAAGUGGGAUCCGAUGACCGAGGAGGGAACCGAAAACUUAAUCUUACCGCCGUGGCUGUGUCAGUCGUACAUGAGAUCACCACCAGAGGAGCACUUACAGAAAACUGCCGUCGAUAACUGCAACGAACAUAAGAGACAUUACGAAGACUCCGAUGGCAAUCCAAUAUCUAGGAAACGUAUGAAAAAAUUACGUCGGAUAGCGCGGCGACCUGAAAAACCCGAAAUGCUCGCGAGUAGGAGUUUAGAAAGGUGCAGUCUAUGCGCGAAUCCUCUGGGAUCAAAGUGCGAGUACAAAUUGUGCAAAAAAUGUUGCAAAGACAAGUGCUUCACGGAGAAUCUCGACUGUGAGGGGCAUCGAAUAUUGGUGAAAACCAGAAGGGAAAUGGCGCAGUACUUUUCGAAAAAAAGAAGCGAUACGGAUGCUGUGACGUGUGUGUCUUAAGAAAUGUGAUUGUUUUGUUUUGUAUAUUUUAUUAAAAGUUAAAAAAAAUUG